GUAGACCUGAAGUGACGUUUGUUGUUCGCCCCCCUGUUUCCGAGACGUUCAGGGUCUGCUGCGGACGGACGGAGGGACGUGCCCCCACAAACAACAGAUGCCGAUCAUUCCCCCCGUCUUAAACUCGUCUGCCACCACCCACGAAUGAAGAUUAAGCGGUAUGCCAAAGGAAAAAUAUGAUCCUCCGGAUCCUCGCCGAUGUUACACCAUCAUGUCAGCUGAGGAGGCAGCCAACGGGAAGAAGUCUCAGUGGGCCGAGCUGGAGAUAUCCGGGCGAGUGCGUAGUCUGAGCAGCUCGCUGUGGACGCUGACCCACCUGACGGCGCUGCACAUCAACGACAACAACCUGAUGCGCAUCCCACCCGACAUUGCCAAGCUGCCCCAUCUGGUCUACCUAAACCUGUCGUCCAAUAAGCUCCGCAGCCUGCCCGCAGAGCUGGGCAACAUGGUUACUCUCAGGGAACUGCUUUUAAACAACAAUCUUUUACGAGUUCUGCCUUAUGAACUUGGGAAGCUUUUCCAAUUACAAACGCUGGGACUGAAAGGAAACCCUUUGUCACAAGACAUCCUCAACUUGUACCAGGAGCCUGACGGAACACGGAAGCUUUUGAACUACAUGCUUGACAAUCUAGCAGUGCAUCCAGAGCAACUCCCCGAAAGACCGUGGAUCACCUUGCAAGAACGAGACCAGACGGUCCCUACAGCCGCCUUCACCGUCAUGUCCUACAACGUGCUGUGCGACAAGUACGCCACGCGGCAGCUGUACGGCUACUGCCCCUCUUGGGCUCUCAGCUGGGAGUACCGCAAGAAGGGCAUCAUGGAGGAGAUCAACAGCUGCGACGCUGACAUCGUCAGCCUCCAGGAGGUGGAGACAGAGCAGUAUUACGCUUUCUUCCUGGAGACGCUGAAGUCGCGAGGCUACGACGGCUACUUUUGCCCCAAGUCCCGAGCCAAGCUGGUUUCGGAGCAGGAGAGGAAGCACGUGGACGGCUGUGCGGUCUUCUUCAAGACGGACAAGUUUACUUUGGUCCAGAAACACACGGUGGAGUUCAACCAGGUGGCCAUGGCCAACUCUGAGGGCUCCGAGGUGAUGCUCAACAGGGUCAUGACCAAGGAUAACAUUGGCGUGGCCGUGCUGCUAGAGGUCAACAAGGACCUGUUCUCCGGUGACGCGAAUGCGGUUCCAGAGAGGGCGCUGGUGCUGGUGGCCAAUGCCCACAUGCACUGGGACCCUGAGUACUCGGACGUGAAGCUGAUCCAGACCGUCAUGUUCCUGUCGGAGCUCAAGAGCAUCGCAGAGAGGGCGGCAGGCGAGUCGGGCGCAUCCUCCAUCCCCAUCGUGUUGUGCGCCGACCUCAACUCGCUGCCCGACUCAGGCGUGGUGGAGUACCUGAGCAACGGCGGGGUGGCCGACAACCACAAAGAUUUCAAGGAGCUGCGCUACAACGAGUGCCUCAGCAACUUCAGCUGCAGCAACGGCGGCAACAGCAGCAACAGCAACAGCAGUGGCAGCGUCACGCACAGCUUCCAGCUCAAGAGCGCCUAUGACAGCCACGUGAUGCCUUACACCAACUACACAUACGACUUCAAGGGUGUGAUUGACUACAUCUUCUUCUCGUGCACGCACAUGAGCACGCUGGGCGUGCUGGGCCCGCUGGACGCCCACUGGUUGUCCGACAACAACAUGACGGGCUGCCCGCACCCCCACGUGCCCUCGGACCACUUCUCCCUGCUGGCACAGUUGGAGCUGCGACCACUGCCACCCAACUCCCUCUCCUCUUCCGCCUCCACGGUACUACCACACCAGCUCAACGGCCUCCACCUGCCCCCUGUACACAGGUAGUGCUGCCUAAAGAAGUAGAAGAAGAGCCCCUUUAUUUUUUAACACGCCCGCCCCCUCCUCACCUAAAGGACCCUGUACAGUUUCAUAUCAAGACAUCUUCUUUUGGAAGUAUUUGCCUUAUGUUGCACACUGAAAAUGUUUUAUUUUCAUUUUUCUCCCAUUCAUAAAAGUUCAAAACCAAAUGUUGCCACAGUGACCUCAAUAACAUUUUUUUUUAAAAACGUAGUUUUUUUAACAAACACUGAAAUAAUGUUGUUUGUCUUCACCACAUGAGACAAAGUGUACCUUUACAGACACAAAAUCCUAGUUUUUAGAAUGCUAUUUUAGAAUAAAACACUAAAGUCAGUGUACUUCGUCUACUGUGAUGUUCACAAUAGUACAAAAACAUUACAACUAAAGAAAACACUAAUGUUAGCGUAAAAAUGUGCAACAAUGUUGUGAAAUGUAUGGUGGAUAUAAAAAUUCUACACACCUGUGGUCAAAUGCUGGGAUUUUGUGAUAUAAAAAAAAUAGGACCAAGAUAAAUAAUUUCAAAAUACAUUUACUCCGUGUCUUUUUCCAUUAUUAAUGUGACCUAUAAUCUGUACAACUCGAUUGAGGGGGAGGAAACUUAUUUUCAAAAGGUGAAGCCUACUAGAAUAGCAGUUUUAAUCCGAGGCACUUUUAAAUGUGGCAGGUGUGUGCUGACUCCCAAUAACAUGAGUUUGAAUGUGAUUGGUUAAUACUGAACACAGCCGCAUACCAAGUUUGUAACUGUAACUAAGUAACUUUAAGUAAUGUAAAAGUAAGUCAUUGAUUGUAAUUUUAACUAGGUAACUAAAGUAAAUAAUAUUGAACACAACCACAUUCCCAGUUUGUAACUAAGUAACUGUUACCGACUGUAAAAAGUAACUAACUACUGUAUGUAAAAGUGGUUGUAACAAAAGUAAAUUGGGAACAAAUGUCAGGAAAGGCCUACUAGAACAGCUGAAUUUCAGUUGGGAUUAAUCAGAGUCACUUGAAAUGAUGGCAGGUGUGUGCCGACUUUUAUUUAACAUGAGUUUGAAUGUUAUACACAGUUAUAACAGGGUGUGCACACUUGUGCAACCACAUUAUUUCAGUUUAUUUUUACUUCCCCUCUUGAAAAGAUUUCAUCUGAGGUUGUAGGUCACGUUGUUGGUGCAAAAGGUUUUCUAUUGAUUUAUCUUGGUCUCUUUUUUUUAUAUCACAAAAGCCUGGCAUUUCAACAGGGGCGUGUGGACAUUUUAUAUCCACUGUAAAAAAAGUUAUGGGAAUAAAGAUGUUUUUCAAGAAAAUACUCACAAAGUUAAGAUGUUCGUAUUUAUUGUGAGAGGUCAUAAAAUUACAUGAUUAAGUUCUAUUUUUUUUUUUUUUUUUACAAUAAAGUGACAAUAUAAUGAGAAUAAAGUAUUUUUUAUUUCCGCUAAAAAUGCGCAAUGGCAUGCAAAUAAAAUUGUAUUACAAAUUGCAAUAUUACAAGACUGGAGUUGGAUUUUUUGAUUUAAAAAAAUUCAAUGUUACAAGGAAAAAAAAAAGGUGAAAUAAUGCAAAAAUUAUGUUAGAAUAGAUGUAUUUUUUCCACAGAAAGUUGUACUGUUACACAAAGUUACGAAAAUAAAGUUGUAAUAUUACAAGAAAAAGUCGUAAAAUUUCCAGAAUUAAGUCAUAAUUUCACCAAAAAAAAGUCGUAAUAUUUUGGUGGAAAAAGUUGUAACAUUACAAAAACAAAGUUGUAAUAUUACAAGAAAAAGACGUAAUAUUACAAAAAUAAAUGCCUAUUUUUUUCGAGUCCUAAUCUUAUUGCGAGUAUGUUAUUGAUUCAUAUUCACUGUGGCCCUAAUAUACUUUAGUUCUCUUAUUUCAUGGCAGUCCCUGAAUGUGUCAUUGCAAGUUGCGUUGCUGUCAUGUUAGGCCAAAUAUGAAGUAUGAAGAUGCAUUCAAAGGCAGAACAUUGGUUGGGAUAUUUCAAGGCCCAUAUUUUAAAAAUAAAAAACCAUAGAACGUGAAAAGUCUUUGUGGCCUUUUAACUUAAUGUUUUAUUUUAUUAUUAUUAUUUGUUUUAUAUUAUCAAUAAAAACAUCACUGCCACUUUGACAAUGCCCAAUUUUGGGAAGUAUUUAACGUUUUUUCAUGUAAUUUCUUCAACAAGACACUGAAGAUGCUCACAUUUUACUAUCUUGCUGGAGAAAUAAUUAAAUGCAAUCCAACACACAAACAUUUUACAGCAAGCAUUUUUAAUAGAAAAUAUGGAAUAAAAAAUAAAUGUGACUGCACACAGUCGAUAAA